UAUGUGCUGCGUCAUCGGAGGACUGCGGGACCCACAAACACCAGUGGUUCCCCUGCAGUGCGAGAAAACAGCGAUGGGUCUGGAGACAGAGAGAGAGGGGGAGAGGGAGGUGAGAGCUGCUGCUGCUGCAGAACAGCAUUUAGCCUGGGCUGAGAAGUCAAACGCUUCACAGCGGCACAUCUGCUUCAACCAGGCAUUAGUCCUGUUGUGAUUGCCAUGUUCUUCAAGCAGCUUUGGCCUCAUGACACCUUUGUGGUGUUCGUCCUGACCUCUGUCCUCCCCGUGUUUUUGUUGGCUGCCAACUUGGAGAAAGGAAAUAGGAAAGUAGUGCAUGUCCUUGAGGAUGACACUGGAGCAGUGAUUGUACAGACAGCUCCUGGCAAAGUGGUGACACACCGUGGAGGCUCCAUCACUCUGCCCUGCAGAUUCCAUCAUGAACCAGAGAACACAGAUCCUGCUCGCAUUCGUAUUAAAUGGACCAAAGUGACGGAUGCCCUGCAGUUUGAGGAUGUCUUCGUGGCUCUCGGGAGACAGCAACGUGUGUUUGGAUCAUACCGAGGACGUGUGUUUUUGGAGCAGGCAGGACCAGGGGAUGCCUCAGUGAUCAUCCAAAAUGUCACGCUGGAGGACUAUGGACGAUAUGAGUGUGAAGUCACGAAUGACAUGGAGGACGAUACAGGAUUUGUCAACCUUGAUUUGGAAGGAGUGGUCUUUCCUUACUACCCCCGUGAGGGCCGCUAUAAACUCAACUACCACCAAGCUGAAGAUGCAUGCAAACAUCAGGAUGCCAUCCUGGCCUCUCAUUCUCAACUGCACAAGGCCUGGCUAGAAGGUCUAGACUGGUGUAAUGCAGGAUGGCUGGAGGACGGCUCCGUCCAGUACCCUAUCUCCCAUCCCAGAGACCAGUGUGGCCGUAAGGACAAUCCCGCUGGUGUGCGUAACUAUGGCUACCGGCACAAGGAGGAUGAACACUAUGAUGCCUUCUGCUUCACUUCCAAGCUCAACGGCAAAGUAUACUUUCUGAAACGCUUCAAGAAGGUCAACUACGCAGAGGCAAUGAAGGCCUGCAUUCGAGAUGGCUCAAUGGUGGCCAAAGUGGGUCAGCUGUAUGCAGCAUGGAAGUUCCAGCUGCUGGACCGCUGUGAGGCCGGGUGGCUGGAGGACGGCAGCAUCCGCUACCCAAUAGUCAACCCCCGUUCGCGGUGUGGAGGAUCCCAGCCAGGAGUUCGACACCUGGGUUUUCCUGAUAAAAAAUUUCGCCUUUACGGGGUCUAUUGCUUCCGCAAGAACAAGGAUGAAAGAGCAGCUGGUACUGUAAUGGCAAAAAGCCCUGCAGAUAGUUUGAAAAGCAGGAAGAGCAGCAGCAGCACCCCCAUGAAUGCCACUAGGGUGAUUUAAACUGGAAUUACUGAGAGCAGGAGGCGGAUGCAAUUUUAGAUUUGACUGCAACUGUCGCCUAGCAGCCAGACUCCAUUCAUCGCUUUUAAAGUAAAACUCUCAGACAAGAUGUACUCAUUUGCAGAUUUGCCAGAGAGAAGAAGCCAGGCUGUGUAAAAUUAAGGGUGACAUCUUUAUUAGGGUGAUUUUCCUUUCGUCUCCAGUCAGUCAAUCAUCUUAAGGAGUGAGUAUGUUAGCACAUCUGUCGCUGGGAAAGUGUAUGAUUAAACAGCAGCCUGAUCAUCACUCAGGCACAUAUCAGAUCAGAGAGUCUGCCAUGAAUAUUCUUGUUUACAUGUGUGUGUGUGAAUCAUAUUUGGCCCCUGCUGUGACUCCUGAGCUCUGAGCCAGGAUUCCUUGCCAGGGUGAAAACAUUCAUUACUGAGUUAGAUGCGAUGAUCUGCCUGACUGUAUGGAAGGAAUCCAACAUGUCCUUUAGGUUUUGAUUGCACCAAGUAUAGUUGUCAGUAUCUGGGUGCCAUACUUGGUUAGCAACCCUCUGGCACAAUGUGAGUCAUUUUCCUCAUUAACAGAGAACUGGCAAUCCCAUCAUCAAAGCUGAACAGGCCAAGUAGUAAAUAUUGCACUAGCACUGAAAUAAUGGCACUUUAAAUAGAUGCAGCUUUAUUUUAUGGUAGCAUCUUAGCUUAAACCUGAGCAGGCAUGUUGUGUUUGGCUCAGAGUAGCUGUUCGGGCUGGACAAGCACAAAAACAAAGCGACAAUAAUUGCUGUUUACGUUACUUACUGCACUUUUUAGCUAUCAGGACCACUUACUGCUCCGUCAACGUCAUUAAAGUGACAUUUAUACAGGAUAUGUUUGAAACGACUGAAUGAAUGAAUCUAUGAAAACAAUAAAGAAAUAAA